AUGGUUCGUGAAGAAGUUAGUGAUAAAUGUUUCUAUAUUCUUGUUGAUGAAGCACGAGAUAUAUCUAAACGAGAGCAAAUGGCCAUUAUCUUGAGGUUUGUGAAUAAUUAUGGGGUUUUGACAGAAAGAUUUUUUGCCAUCAAAAGUGUUAGCGAUACUACCUCAUUGAACAUGAAAAAAGAAAUAUCAAAUGUUCUUAUUCAUCAUGACCUACAAGUUAAGAAAAUCAGAGGCCAAGGAUAUGAUGGUGCUAGCAAUAUGCGUGCCAAGGAUGUCAGUGUUAUUUGGGAAUUCUUUUCUCAUUUGGAUAAUAUAGUAAAUAUUGUUACUUCUUCUACUAAACGCAUUGCUGAGUUACAUACUGCACAGAGAAUUGAAAUCGAGCAUAUGUUGGCAAUUGGAGAACGUGAUUCUGGAAGAGGGGCUAAUCAGAUUGGUAAUUUGCAGCGAGCGGGAGCUACUCGUUGGAGUUCUCACUAUGACUCAGUAAAAAGCUUGAUAGGUAUGUAUGCUGCAACUUGCAAAGUUUUUGAAGUUCUUAGUGACCAUUCUCCAAAUGGAAGGGCUAAGGCUGAAGUUCGGGGGAUUUAUAGAAACAUGGCAAGUUUUGAAUUUGUGUUCAUUUUGCAUUUAAUGCAUAAAAUUAUGAGAACAACAGAUACUCUUUGUCAAAUUCUUCAAAGAAAAUCUCAAGAUAUUUUGUCUGCUGUUACAUUUGUCUCUACUACCAAAACUAUCCUCCAAGAACUUAGAGAAUGCGGGUGGGAAGAAUUUCUUCAUGAAGUGAAAGUUUUUUGUACGAGAAAUGAAAUUGAUGUGCCUGACCUUGAUUGUCUAUAUAAGAUUGGCCGUUCCCGUCAGCAAACUAUAGUUGAACAUCAUUACCACUUUGAUGUUUUUAAUGCAGCAAUAGAUUUUAUCUUGGUGGAGUUAAAUACUCGAUUUAAUGAGUCAUCAGUGGAACUUCUUUCUCUUAGUACCGAUUUAGAUCCUAAAAAUUCGUUUGAAUCAAUUAACACUGAUGAUAUUUGCAAGCUUGCAACGAAGUUUUAUCCUGAAGAUUUCACAAAUCAAGACAUCAUUGCUUUGAACUAUGAAUUGGUACAUUAUAAACUUGAUGUGAUACAAAAUUUGAAGGCUUCUACACUUGUUGAGUUAUGUCAGCAAUUAACUGAGAGUGGACGGUCAAAGGUUUAUGUUAUGUUGACUAGAUUGAUUCAUCUAGUUUUGACGUUACCUGUUUCUACUGCCACUACUGAGCGAGCCUUUUCAGCAAUGAAGAAUGUGAAGACAGCACUUCGCAAUAAAAUGGAGGAUGAAUUUCUUGAAGAUUGUUUGACACUUUAUAUUGAACGAGAUUUAGCUAAGGAUAUAGAUGUAGAUUCUAUUAUAGAUGAAUUUUAUGUUUUAAAAUCUCGUAGAGCACAACUUUAUUGA